AUGGAAAACUAGAAAGUAGAAACAGAAAACUGGAGAGAAAAACUGAAAAAUAAAAACAGAAAAUUAGAGAACGAAAAACAGAAGUAGAAAACAAGAAAAUAUCUCUGUUAGUAAACGGGCCCUUAGUAUUCCAUCUACCCCGGGGCCUAUUUCUCAGAUUUUUAGAAACUGGUGGUUAAAAGCAGGUAGUAGAAGUUUGAUUGAUCUUUUUAAGCAUAAUCUUUCAGGGAUAAUAAGGGCAUAUCUGGCAGCUAUAUACUAAUCAGGUAUGGGGGGAGGGUGGUCAUAUUCCAUCGCCUGAUAAUAUUAUUCUACAGAUAAAAUCUUAUACUUAGAAUUGGGUGGUUAGCUUUCCAAAAUUAAAGAUUCGAUCCAUAGGUGCUAUCCUCCUAUAUGAGGAACGCCUGAUUCCCAAGAACUAUACUAUUGGUUCAAAAUUUCAGAUUAUUCGGUGGAGAAAGCCCAAAUCUGCAAAUAAACUGAAUAUUGACGCUCGGUACUUAUCUGGUAGUGCUUCAGGCGGAGCAAUCAUGCGAGAUUCCAGAGGCGACUUGUUGGGAGCCAUUGCCUACCCCCUACAACAUUCAUCGCCGGUGGAAGUUGAACUUCAAGCCAUUCUUUAUGCUCUUCGAUGGGCGGUAGAUGAGGGUUUUGUUGCUUUUCAAGUGGAAUCUGACUGCUCACUUGCGUUGGAUUAUCUCUCAGGUAAAGAAACGAGGAAAUGGACGAAGCUGAUUCAGGAAAUUUCUCUUGUGAAGAUUAGGAAAGGCUUGGUCUUCAAACAUACCUACAGGGAAGGAAAUUGGGCUGCACAUUAUCUAGCAGCCCAUCGGACAUCACAAUUGACUUAUUUUGACAACCCAGCCCAACUACCUACCUUUGUUAGACGUGCCUAUCUCAUGGAUUUCUUUGGUAUUCCAUCUUUUAGAUUUUAAUUUUAUCAACGUGAUGUACUUAAUUGGGUCAGGUCUAGUCCCCCCCCCCCAAUUUUUGGUUUCAUGUUUGUUUGUUCUGUUUUUUUGAAGAGGUAUGCCUCUUCUGAGAAAUUUUGGUCUGGUCCCCCUCUCGUUUGUACUUC